AUGCGGGUCAAUGCUGAUAUGGAGGAUGUGAGAUCGGUCGCCUUCUCCAAUCAAGACCCGGAAUGCGCUGCAAAUUGGAGUACGAGCAGGAAGGUCCUCGUCCUGACAAUCGGACUUGCACUCGCUUCUAACAGCACACUUGGUUCCUCACUCCCAAGCGGCGCUUCUCACUAUCUGUCCAAAGAGUUCAACGUAUCAAGCGCCGAACAGCUGGCAUUGCCAAACUCCGUCUACCUGAUUGGAUAUGUCUUUGGGCCGCCGCUGUUCAGUCCACUCAGCGAGAUGCAUGGCAGAAGAAUCGUCAUGCUUUUGACCUUCUUCGGCUUCACAGUCUUCACCCUGGCUUGCGCUGUAGCACCAACGUGGCCAGCCCUGUUGAUUUUUCGCUUUCUCUCGGGGGUCUUUGCAUCGGCGCCAAUAACAGUUGUGGGCGGCAUUUUUGCCGAUAUCUAUGAUGACCCUGUGAGGAGAGGUCAAGCGAAAGCCCUGAUCGGAUUGACUUCCUUGGGUCCAAUCAUUGGACCUAUCAUCUCGGGCUUCGUAUCACCGGUCUCGUGGAGAUGGACUUUUUGGGUCGGGCUGAUCAUUGCCGGUGCAACUUGGCCGCUUGUUCUUCUUCUCCCAGGUACGAGAUUUGACAUGGAUUUUGAUGCGAUCCACCUGACAUCAUAUGCUUCAGAGACAUACCCUCCAGUCAUCCUUUUGCGGCGUGCAAAACGAAUGAGGGCAGCAUCGCCGAAUCCUGCCCAGAACACAUAUGCACCCAUCGAACUCGAGGACAAUGGAUGGAAGCACACCGUAACGGUGAAGCUCGCCAGACCGGUGGUGAUGUUCAAAGAACCUAUUGUCAUCUGUACCUGCAUGUACUUGGCUCUCCAAUUUGGAAUAUUCUACAUCUUCUUCCAAGUCUACCCCAUUGUGUUUCAAGGCAUAUACAAGUUCAACGAUGGACUUGCUGGUGUGGCCUUGGUUCCGGUCGGGGUCGGCGGCGUGAUCGCUUGUGGUAUAGCAAUCUGGUACGAUACAUUCCUCGAACAAGCCAAAGAGCGCAAUGCUUCGUGGCCAAAGAGUGAGGAAUAUCGUCGACUUCCUCUGGCGUGUAUCAGCGGGCCGUUAAAUGGUUGGACGGCCCGAUCAGACAUCCACUGGAUUGUCCCCAUGCUUGCCGGAGUUCCAUUCGGCAUGGGUCUCGAGUUGGUUUUCAUAUCCAUGCUGAAUUAUCUCGCAGACGCAUACGACGUUUUUGCGGCAUCGGCUCUGGCAUCGUCGGCGUUUAGUCGUAGCAUUUUUGCGGUUCUGCUUCCAUUGGCUGCGGGUCCGAUGUAUGAGAGACUUGGGAUUCCAUGGGCGUGCAGCCUUCUGGGCUUCCUCAGUCUCGCCAUGGCAAUCAUCCCGUUUGUCUUUCUCAGAUAUGGCACUUGGCUGAGAAUGCAUAGCCCUUACUGCCAGGAGCUGCUGAAGCUAAAGGAGCGCGAAUCGGCGAAUACAUCACAGAUUAUGCUGGAAUCUAGAAACCCCGAAUAG